AAAUCAGUUUUUUUUUUAUAAGGUUUGGAUCUACAUGUAGCUCUCUGAUCUGUCUCAAUACUUUCCCAGAGAGCCACAUAUCUGCAGCUAGCGUCCGGCCAGAAUUUGUCACUCAUACAGAGAUGUCAUCAGCUGUAGAUGAAGUACCACAAUUUAGCACUCAGGGCCGUAGUAGUGAGGGUUCUUUAACGUGCCAACUCCUACCGUGACACGGGACUUCCGUUUUUAAGGUCAUAUCCGAAAGAAUUCUAAAUGCCGAGCAAAUCACUACCUACGUCUUAGGUUUGACUGCAGGUAUCUGACUGACGACCUCUCGGUUACGAAGUGAACGCUCUACCACUGAUCUAUCGCUACUGGACGGUCAACAGUGGAUGUUAACUUCUCCUAGGCAUCUGAUUCCGUGUUUGCUCUACUACAGAUUUUGUAUUCUAUAUCAGAUUUAUGAGAUUUCUCACCGUUUGUUACCUUCACAUUUUCUUCAUUUUCAUAUAUUUUACAUUUCCAAUGUUAUUGCAAUAUCUUUGCUAAUUGAGAGUGACAGAUGUGAACUAUGUGCUUAUGAACCUUGAUAAAUACAGCAGGACUAUCAUAACGGCUAGGAAUAGUCCGACAGAAGUAAAUGUAAAUAUUUUAAAAAUAUAUUUCAUUUAUGAAAAGACGUGAGAGCAAGCACUGUGGUGCUUUAUGUCUGCAUACAUGUACGUCACACGAAGCGCGUUAGCGUUAUAACGCUUCAUGAAAAAUAUGCUGACGUGAAACAUUGCUGUUCAUGCCUCGUAUAUUUCCGUACUAUGUUUAUCAAGGUUCAAAGUGUGUAAAAUUUAGUCUUGAUGUAAUUAUUACGCAUUUUUGCAUCUUACCCAAUGCAAAUUUAGUAUUAACGAACUUUGCUUUUAUAACAUAGUUUGCAUUGAUCGAUUCAACAUUCCUAUUACUGAUUGCAAGUUUAAUAUUAAGUUGUGAUUUUUUAAUUCAAAUUGCAAACCUGAUCGCUAUUUGGCUUUCCUUACUUAAUUGUGAUUUACGGUGUCAUUUCUCUUCCACUUUCUCCCAGUUCGUGACCGGAGAGUGAAUUCUUUCAUGCAUCCAUGCAGCUAUCAUUUGGCUUUCCGCCUACAAAAACACAUGUACCUCAAUUUGUGAUUCUUUUUUUAUGUAUUUCCGUAAUUAUUAUAUAAUAAGUUGAUAGGCUGCAUCUAUCUAUUAGAAUGGUGCUUUCUGUACAUGAAAUAACGGUCUGUAAACUCCACAUUAAAAAAUAAACAUAUUGCUGAAGAUAUGCCGAGAUUUUCUUUAUCUGAUAACGUAAUACAAAGAGCAAUCCCGACAUCUGAGCUUCAUGUUGAGGAUGUAUAUUGUAUGGUAUUUUUGCUAACAUCUCGAAUCCCUGACACUAGUCGGCAGUUCCGUUAUUUUUUGGCGCAUGGGUGGAAAGACGGCGCACAGAUGUUGGAGGAAAUUUAGAAAGUUUCGGUACACAUGGUUAGACUUCCUCGUUAUACAUAAGAAUUAUAAUCAUGAUGCACUCCAAGGAGAAGUACGAGGUUAAUCCACAAUCAAGGACGACCUUGUCCGAUCGCCUGUCCUCGUAUUAUGGGAACAUCCGGAGCAUGCUGCUGGGGAGAAGGUCCACGUAUGAGGUGGAAGAGACCUAUCCAACAGCAGACGACAACCACGCUGGAACAUUUAAAGAGAAAGAGUCACCGACAGAAGAGAUCUCGCUGAAGCCAAAAUGCCUGGACCUUCAGCGCACUCUGAACAGAGAGGCCCAUCGGACGAGCUCUUACGAAAUCCCCAACCUAAUUGUAAGAAGGGGACAGACAUUUGACAUGAGUAUUCUCUUUGACCGGGUUUUCUCGGAGCAAGAUGAUAUAAUCACACUGCAGUUUGUCACAGGACGAAAACCUUUACAAAGCAAGGGAACUGUGAUAUCCGUCCACAAAGCGCGGGAACUACAACCAGGGACCUGGGGAUACCAGAUCACGGGAAUAGACGAAAAGAAGGUCAAUGUUAAAGUGUGCACGUCUGCUAGCGCUAUAGUAGGAAAGUAUCAACUGUUUGUUGACACCGUCCACCGACCGAAAGAUGGCGCUUCACAAAAAUGUCGCCAUUGUCAUCCAGACGAUGUAUUUGUCAUUUUCAAUCCAUGGUGCCAAGCGGACUCGGUCUAUUUGGAGGAGGAGUCACACAGGGAGGAGUAUGUCCUCAAUGAGACCGGAAGGAUCUGGAUGGGGACUGUCGGCAAGUUUUGUGUCCGGCCCUGGAACUUUGCGCAGUUUGAUGACGUCUGUUUGAUGGCUGCGUUGUCGAUGAUGGAGAAAUCAGAACUAGGGGAUCCAGCCAGAGGCAACCCAUUGUUGGUGGUGAAAGCUCUUAGUCGUGUGAUUAAUAAUAACGAGAGGGACGGCGGGGUGUUGGUGGGGAACUGGUCUGGCAAGUACGAGGACGGCGUGCCUCCCUACUCCUGGAACGGAAGUGCCGCCAUCUUAGAGGAAUUCCUCAAGAAGAGGAAAGGUGUCAAGUACGGGCAAUGUUGGACAUUUUCUGCCAUAGCAACGACAGUUUUCCGAGCUCUUGGGAUACCGACUAGAUGUAUUACUAAUUUCCGGUCUGCUCAUGAUAGCGAUUACAGCAUACAAAUCGACAACUUCUGGACACCGGAAGGGAGACCUAGAAAAAUGAUGGAUGAUACAAUCUGGGAUUUCCACGUGUGGAAUGAAAGUUGGUUCAAACGCCCUGACCUUCCAGAGGGGUACGAUGGAUGGCAGGCAUUCGAUCCGACGCCUCAGGAGUGUUAUGAAGGUGUCUUCACGUGCGGACCCUGUUCUGUACGAGCAAUACGUAACGGGGAACUAUAUCUAGGCUACGAUACCAAGUUCCUGUUUGCAGAAGUAAACGGAGACCGCAUAUUUUGGACUGUGGACACUGAGGGCAAUAUGGAACCCGUGUACCAAGACGAUGACGUGGUGGGAAAGUUCAUGAGCACCAAGGCGGUCAAUACCAUAUCACGGGACGAUGUCACAUCCAAAUAUAAACAGGACCCAGGUUCUAUAGAGAAAACAGAAAUCAUUGCAAAGGCCAACCGAUUCAGCGGGCGUACGAACGUGCUGAUCAAAAAACCGUCGGCUUCCGACGUGGAAUUCUGUCUAACCGGCGAAGUCCACAAAACCGGAGACAUCGACAUAGAACUAAAAAUGACGAACACUAGUGAGGAGUCGAGGAUAGUAGAAGUCUAUAUGAUUACCGUCGCCACUAAAUACACCGCCGUGCCUCUGUCUGAUAUCAAAGACUCCAGUUCUACCAAUGUACUCGAGCCCUGUAAAGAGUCCAUAUCGUCCAUGAGUCUAAAAGCAACGGAGUACCUUAAUACUAUUGAUUCAGAUAGUCAUGUUUGUGUGUAUCUCAUGGCAACCGUCAAGGAAACCUCUCAAGUUUACAUCAAGCGGGAAAUAUUCCGGGUGGAGCAACCAAAUUUGGAGCUAAAGACAGAAGGAAGCGCCAUUGUAGGUAAACCAUUUGAUGUCAUUGUGAAGCUUGUAAACCCGCUGUCUGUUCCGCUGAAUGGUGGGUCGAUUUGUAUGGAAGGACCCGGCAUGGUAAAACCAUCAUCCGUCAAAAUUAAAAAAUCGAUUGGCCCUAACGAGGAAAUUCGUGAGACUGUGCAGGUUAAGCCUCGUCGGGCCGGAAGAAGGGAAAUAAUGGCUAGUUUUCAGUGCAAACAGCUGUGUAAUGUGACUGGAGUGGUGGAGGUGGAUGUUGUAAAUGAGGGUAAAAACUGACGUCAAUGUAGGAAAUAUACGUAUUGUACACAGGUUCUCAACCGUUUUGUAUUAUUUUUAUUAAAUCAGAAUUAUUAUG